CCGAGACACCCGCAAGGUGUCGAUCGGUACAAAAUGCAACGAUAGCCAGCCCCCCUGAUUUUCCACCUCUCCUCUUACCAACAUCUCUAUUAUCAGCUAUCCUCAGUUCGAUGAGUCACGACGAAAGACAGACAGCAACAGCAACGCCAGAACCCACCGCUGGGGCCUCAGACAGCGUCACCUCCUACCACCGAUGGCAUCCAAUGGCGCUGGUUCCAGUGCUACAAGUGGUGCUUGGGCGACUCGCCGCAUUACUUUCUCUCUGUGUCUCGCUUGGCGGCAGCUACUACAUCUGCAUCUACCCACACUUCACGACAUCAUCUUAUGUGUUCACGUUCCUCUAUCUCGCAUCCUUACUCCUAGCGAUCGGAUUUGCGAGGUACCCCUCGAGUCGAUGGUGGUUACUACUUAUAUUCAUAGAUGCAUACGCUAUUCACAUCAUUUCUUCACAUGCACAGACAUUAUCUUGGUCCUCACCGUCUGACGACGGUGCCUUGGCUACCUUCGGUUAUACGAUCAAAAUCGUGCUCAGCCCAUUACCAUUGACAGCAACAAGCAUCCUGUCGGUAAUUUUUUUAGUAGAAGGAGAAUCAAGACUCGAGAAGUUGGGCCUUUUUGGUGAACUGAUCCGGAGAAUCCUCACCAAGAUUAAAGUGAGUCCCUCAUCACUGUCGAAAGUAUACAAACUUAGGCUGAUCAACACAUUUUCUAGCUGUUACCAGAACCCCAAGAGCAUCGCCCAGAAGAGCGGCAACCAGAAGAGCUGCUACCAGAAGAGUUGCAACCACAAGAACAAGAGCGAGGUCUAAGUACGGAUAUUAGGGAUUCUCAGUGACUACGUUAGUACCAGUACUGCAGGCUGCCUCUUAUAUACCACAGUUCGAUUUUCACUCUCCCAUCCAUUUCUCACAUUUCCUAUCUUCCACCCCAGCCUUCCCAUUGCGCUGCGCAGCUGUAGCAGCUUGUCUUUUUACAUCUUUUUCUUUUUGUUCAUGUACUUUCUUGGGGCAUCAUCGAUCAUCUUGGAACUAGAUAUGGUGAAUAUUAUCUGGUUUUCAGCAUUAUGGACGCGACGCACGUCCUUUGCAAUGCCUGUUUGCGCUAAAAUCUGUUCCCCAAUUUCUGGCUCUUUUCCUUCAAUCGAUACUGUAUGCAACUCCUCUCAGGGACUUCGCAAGAACAUGUAUGAGGAGUAAU